UUCCUCGCUUGUAUCCAGGGCCUUUGUGAAUACACCAUGGGAUGCAUCGGCUCCAGGACACUGACGGCAGAUGGCGUGCCAGUCCAGAAAGAUGGGGAGCAGGGGUGACCCGCACUAUGAAGGAGAGAGUGACCAAGCCCACAGCCAUGGCCCAAGGUCGUGUCGCUCACAUGAUCGAAUGGCAAAACUGGAGCAUGCAGACGGUGGGUGCUGGGGGCGUCCCGCUGCCCCGCAUCUCUACCCAGGAACGGGAAAAGGAGCGGCGGAUGGAGAGCGACGCCUACAGUGACCUCAGUGACGGCGAGAAGGAGGCCCGAUUCGCUGCAGGUAUCCUGCAGCAGUUCGCAAUCUCAGAGGCAACACUCCUGGCCUGGUCAUCAAUGGAUGGAGAGAGCCCGCGGUCGGGCUCGAACCAGGGCAGCGUGGCUCAUCUAAGUGAGAUCAACCAGGAGAGCAUCACCAGUCGGGAUCAGAUAUUGCACCACUCCUCAGCAGAGGUGUGGCCUCACACAUACGUCUCCCAGGGCCACUACUGCCUCUCCUCCUCCGACGCCUGGGAGCCGAUCAACAACGAUCCCUCCGUAGUGGCGUCUCCCCCUGCUGGCUCCUACGUUAUGGGGACUGAUGGGUUUGAUGGGCAGGCGGCGGCACACUUCCUGUCGCAGCAGCAGCAGCAGCAGCAGCAGCAAUUCACUCUCCAGCAGCAGAGUCAACUACAACAGCUCCAGCAGAUCCAACAGAUCCAGCACUACCAGCAACAGCAGCUCCUGCAGUAUCAGCAACAACAGUCGCUGGAGCACAGGCUGCACAGUGCCAACCACUCUUUGCAAGCGACACCCAACAGCACCAUCCACAGUCUGGUCCAUCCCGUUCAUCCACCAUUGGUCGAUCUGUGGAACACGGGGCAGAUGGAGGCCUAUCAGACGGAGGCUGGAGGCUACAUGGGUGUGGCGGCGGUGGUGGAGCCGAGCCUCUGCGUUCCCUCCGGAGACGAGAUGUUGGGAACAGAACACUCCCCGCUACUGGAGCAGCAGGAGGAGGAGGAGGUCAAGGAGGAAGAGGUGAUGCUGUGCAUGGAGCCAGAGUCGGCCAUGUUGACUCCGCCCAUGCAACAAGGGGAUGCCUCUGGUGGCAGUAGUCCGGGGCAACCACCGGCAGAGCCAAUUACAGAGCGGAAAGCCUCCGAUGUUACCUCCGGCCUCAUUCAGACAAUAGAGGAGAAGGACCAGGAGGGGCCUGAUGCCUCCAUGACAACCAACUGAGUUCCUGGCUGUUGACUCUUUAUUACAAACUGACGGGGAGUCAGCGGGGAAUGAGCGUAAUAAUACAAUAUCUAUCUAUUAAUCUGUUCCUUUUCAGGUAUCAAAAACACAACUUUUUGGUUGCGAGAUGAAUUUAAAGUGGUGAGAAACACCUUUGGAAGUGGACUCACAACAAGACAAGAGUUGAUGCAACAAAGGACACCUAUUUCUUUGUAAGCCUUACAUCCCAAAGGUAAUUAAAGAGAGGAGAGAGGACAGAGAAACUGAAAAGAAGGAGGAGGAGCACCAACUGAUUGAAACAUUUCCAUCAGGGUUAAUGAAGCCACGCUGCGAUAGAUAGGAGGGGAACAGAAACAUGCAUGCUUUUUAUGAAGACAAGCAACUCGACCCUGUCAUCGUCUCAUAACGAUAAUUAAAAUCAUAAUAGAACGUUAUAAUAAGAAUAAUUUUGUAAUAAAGCAAAAGAAGAAGACAAAAUCUAUGUAUAAGUGUGUAAUAAGAUAUAAUAGUUUUCCUAUGGGAGAACUACUCUGUUUACAGCUGUUACUCAACAUAUUAGAUAGCGUUUAAUCAAAUUAAUUUCCCUCACAUUGAACACACAUGGUAUAUUUUGAAAAUGGCAGCCCAUACAAUUUCACAUGCAAUUAAAGCAGGCUCAGAAAAUGUCAGAUUUUCAGUGAAAUUGAAAGAUUAUCCCUCUAAAAUAAAUUCUUCUCUGACGCUGUGGCACCAGGAUGCCCGAGGCACAACCCAGGGACAGGCCUGUCCUGCUGACCGCACACACUAAACUCUGCACAGAUAAGGAUUGUACUAUACAAUAGUGUGCUUCCUACUCUGUCACUCUGUAUGCAUGUUCCUUCAGAGUACUAAGGAGUACCUGUGCAACACAGCACUGUAUAGACUUGGCACUGAACCAUAGUGUCCCAGGUGGGGCCACGGCGGGCCUGCGGUGAGCAUGAGCUGCGAGAAAUAAAGACAGAGCUGCAUAAGCGGAUUUCUUUUGCACUGAUGCAAUCCAACAGAUCAGAGGUUGCCUUUGGACGGUUGAUGUUACCCAGUUCCCACUCUGAAAGCUUUCAGCACCACCGACAACCAAAACCGAGCCACUUAACAACACAAACCCUCAGCUGCUUUUUUUCCAUAGACGUAGUUGCAGUAAAAUUGAGGAUGAUAACCACUAUUUGAAUGUACUGGAAGACCGAAGGCAGUGCACGGGCGUUUGUUUUUGAUGUCUCCUCACGGUCCACGUGGAAGCGGAUCAAAGGCUUUGUUACUAAACAAAGUUAAACAAGCGAGUCUUUUAAAAGUGUGGGAUGGAGCUGUUGAAAAUGGAUUCACUUCUUGCUCACCUGGACCACCGCUACACACACACACACACACACACACACACACACACAC